GUGUGGUCAGUGUGUCCUGUCUCCAGCUUCCCCAGCGGCUGCCGACCAUGUUAAUGAGUGCGGUGGUGCGGCUGUAAGAGACUGAUGAUACAGGGGAUACUGGUGUAUGAGGACCUGGAGAAACACCACCGAGCUCCAGGUACAGCGGAGUCUUAACGCGACGCUAUCCGGUGGCACAGCGCGCGUCUGAGGGGUUCUAACGGAUAACGGUUAACAGACGGUUAACGGCUGCACCGUCUGCAGAACCCCCCGGUAGCUCUAGCCGCUCCGUGAGGUUACCUAGCUACCAGCUAGUGUCAUCACCGUGAGGUAACCUAGCUACCAGCUAGUGUCACCAUUGUGAGGUAAUCUAGCUACCAGCUUGUGUCAUCCCCGUGAGGUAACCUAGCUACCAGCUAGUGUCAUCACCGCUGCUAGUGUCAUCACCGUGAGGUACCCUAGCUACCAGCUAGUGUCAUCACCGCUGCUAGUGUCAUCACCGUGAGGUACCCUAGCUACCAGCUAGUGUCAUCACCGCUCCGAGAAGGACUUAAAGUUGCCGACAUGGACGAACAAAGUGUUGAGAGUAUUGCAGAGGUAUUCCGCUGCUUCAUCUGCAUGGAGAAGCUGAGGGACGCCCGCCUCUGUCCCCACUGCUCCAAGCUCUGCUGCUUCAGCUGCAUACGGCGUUGGCUGACUGAACAAAGAGCCCAAUGCCCACACUGCAGGGCUCCGCUGCAGCUCAGGGAGCUGGUGAACUGCCGCUGGGCCGAGGAGGUGACCCAGCAGCUCGACACGCUCCAGCUCUGCAGCCUCUCCAAGCACGAGGAGAACGACAAGGACAAGUGCGAAAACCACCAUGAGAAGCUCAGUGUGUUCUGCUGGACCUGUAAGAAGUGCAUCUGCCACCAGUGUGCUCUUUGGGGAGGCAUGCACGGGGGCCACACCUUCAAGCCCCUGGUGGAGAUCUAUGAGCAGCAUGUGACCAAGGUCAACGAGGAGGUGGCCAAGCUGCGCCGCCGGCUCAUGGAGCUCAUCAGCCUGGUCCAGGAAGUGGAGAGGAACGUGGAGGCGGUGCGCGGGGCGAAGGACGAGCGAGUGCGUGAGAUCCGCAACGCCGUGGAGAUGAUGAUCGCGCGGCUCGACAACCAGCUGAAGAACAAGCUCAUCACCCUGAUGGGCCAGAAGACCUCGCUGACACAGGAGACUGAGUUGCUUGAGUCCCUCCUACAAGAAGUGGAGCAUCAGCUCCACUCCUGCAGUAAGAGUGAGCUGAUUUCCAAAAGCCCCGAGAUCCUGCUCAUGUUUCAGCAGGUCCACCGCAAACCCAUGCAAUCCUUUGUCACCACGCCGGUCCCACCGGACUUCACCAGCGAGCUGGUCCCCGCCUACGACUCCAGCACCUUUGUCCUCGCCAACUUUAGCACCCUGAGGCAGAGGGCAGACCCUGUGUACAGCCCUCCCCUUCAGAUCUCUGGGCUGUGCUGGAGGUUGAAAGUAUAUCCCGACGGGAACGGGGUGGUCCGUGGUAACUACGUGUCGGUCUUCCUGGAGCUGUCAGCUGGACUACCUGAAACAUCAAAGUAUGAAUACCGCGUGGAGAUGGUCCACCAGGCCUCCAGCGACCCCGCCAAGAACAUCAUCCGGGAGUUUGCCUCGGACUUUGAGGUGGGCGAGUGCUGGGGCUACAACCGCUUCUUCAGGCUGGACCUCCUGGCCAGCGAGGGCUACCUCAACAUGCAGACGGACGCCCUGGUUCUCCGGUACCAGGUCCGCUCGCCAACCUUCUUCCAGAAGUGCAGGGAUCAGUACUGGUACAUCAGCCAGCUGGAGUCUGCCCAGUCCAGCUACAUCCAGCAGAUAAACAACCUCAAAGAGCGCCUGGCCAUCGAGCUGUUCCGCAGGCAGACGUCGCGCAGCUCCUCGCCCCCCGACCAGAGGCCCGGGGGGGGCCGGCAGCCCUCAGAGAGGGAACCCCGCCUGGGGAAGACCGAGGACGUCUUCCAGGUGGUCUCCACCGACGCCAAGGAGCGCGAGCAGGACGAGAAGACCCAGCAGGACGACUCCAACGAGCUGUCGGACGGGGACCUGGAGGUGGACUGCCUGACGGAGGAGGAGGUGAACCCCCUGGACGGCAGCAGCACGUCGGCCAGCUCCACCGCCACCAGCAACACGGAGGAGAACGACAUCGACGAGGAGACCAUGUCAGGGGAGAACGAUGUGGAGUUUGGCAGCCAUUUGGACCCUGAAGAAGGAGAGCUCCCCGAGGAGCUGGCCGGCGCGACAGGCGGCUCCAACCCGGCGCUGUGCUCUCUGCACCGCGGCGGCCCGGCCUGCAGCACGGGCGGCGGCGGCGGCAGCAGCCUGCUGGAGAUCGACCCGGUCAUCCUGAUCCAGCUGCUGGACCUGAAGGAGCAGAGGAGCGUGGAGUCGCUGUGGGGGCUGCAGCCGCGGCCCCCCGUCUCCCUGCUGCACAACCAAGGUACUGGGGGGGGGGGGGGCUUUUUAGAGGUGCUGCAGGCGGGACUUGAAAGCUGCAUUUGCAACGUUGCUUUCCGAAGUGAAUUUGAAUCAUGUUUUUUUUACUGUUGUCCUUCAGCCAAGAAGUUUGUGUCUCCUGCGCCGGACGGCGGCGCCGCCCUGCUGCUGAGGAGGAGCGGCGGCGAGGACAAAGACCCCCGGAACAGAGGUCUGAGCGGGGCCCCGUCGACCGCAGCCUCGCUGAGCCUCUGUCCCAGAGAGGGCCCCCCCGCAGCCGACGUCAGCCUCCAGGCGGACAGCGGCCACAGCUCGGUGCCCUCCCUGAGCGGGGGCUCCCCUCUGGGGGGUUGCUCCCCUCUGGGGGGUUGCUCCCCUCUGGGGGGUUGCUCCCCUCUGGGGGGCUUCUCCCCUCUGGGGGGCUGCCCCCUGGACCCCGCCUCCAGCUCCAAACAGCAGACGGAGGAACGGAAGGCGCUGUACGCGGCCUCCGGAGCCGAGGCUGACCUGUGCUCCGUGGGAGGAGCCAACUCCACCAAGAGCUCCACGCGGGCCGUCGGGCCCAGCGUGCUGGAGUGCAGUGAGCCUGAAGGGAGUCCCCACCAGUCCCUGCUUGGCCUCCUGGAGGGGAACUCUUCCCACCUGCAUGAAGGCCACAAGCAGUCUCUGCACCUGCUGCCAGGGAUGAGCAGCGACAGUGAGAUAGAUUGUGACUCGGAGGACGAGGACGCAAACCUCUCCUACGACAUCCAGUCUCUGCCUUUUGCAGAGGAGCAACUGCUGCCCGAGGACCUGGCCUUCAGCGCCAGCCAGCCCACUGACAGGUGAUGGGGUCUGCCCCCCCGGGCUGGGUCCAGUACCUCGCUCUGAUUGGCCAGAUGGCUGCAGAGAGCAGCAGAUGGAGGAGUACACGCGUGAAGUCUCCCGGAGAACCGAUGCGUCCACUUUGUACAAUCUUAUAGAGCAGCUCACCUGGAAUGUCUUUCAGGACGUUUAGUUUGAGUUCUCUACCGUGAGCACACACAGACUCCUGGUCAACCAUGUAUUUAAUGCACUUUUUGAGUUUUUACACUGUUAAUUACUGACGGAAUAUGUGCUAUCCCUGUAUUUCUGCUCUCAAACUCAUGGGAAUGAAACUGAAAUCAAAGCUUGACCCCUCAUCAAUAUUUCCACUAUAUCACCCCUUGUGUACACCAACCUUUACACCCGACUGCCGGUUUCACAAAGACGUAAAGUCGAUUUGUAGGCAGAGCUGUCCUCCUGUUUGCAGUCGUCUGGCCUGAGGUUGGAAAAUAGGUAAAUAUUGUAAAUAUUUGAAACUGACCGUCUAAUUCCGCCUUUAUCAGCAGCUCAUAGCGGCUGGCUUGUUUCAGGCCAGUUCUCGUUGGACGAGGCCCGCUUUUCUUAACACCUUGUGAACGAUGCUUCACCACUAAUUUUGUUUCGAUUUUAUUGAGUUAUGCAGCGUCUCAGCAGCAGAUGUGUGGGAGAGGUUCCCAUCGCUGCCAUUUAGUCGUAUUUCACUUACCUUGUUGGGUGGUUUUAUCAGUCCUCUCACUCCCCAUAACUAAAGUGUAUUUUCAUUUGGGACCAUUCUUAUGUAGCUCGUGUCUUAUGGUGCAUCACAAACAGCCGUGUCUUGUAGUGUAAGGAUUACUGGGUCGGAGAGGUUCUUGUUCACAAGGGACAUUGAGGUGGAUAAAAUGUCGGCAGUGCAUGCAUCUUGCAUGUGGAAAUACUCACUGGUUUACAUUUGAAAAAUCUUGAACGCUGGUGUGUGUGUGUGUGUGUGUGUGUGUGUGUGUGUGUGUGUGUGUGUGUGUGUGUGUGUGUGUGUGUGUGUGUGUGUGUGUGUGUGUGUGUGUGUGUGUGUGUGACCUAAUUUCCUUUAGGGAAUCUUCUGAGGCAAGUUAGAAACUGAGGAUGGCUUGUGUGAUAUACAUGUGGGGGGUGUGAUUGUGGGUGUGAUUGUGUGGGUCUGUAUGACUUUGUAUCAUUCCUCACUCUAAAGAUCAAUCUCUUGCUAACUCAAUUCAGUCUGGUAAAUUACACAAAAACACACUUCUGUGUUAUGAGUUGUGUGUACUAUUUCUGUGCUAUAUCACAAGUUGUUCCUUCUAAUUUGUUUGUAUUUGUGUGUGGCAUCAGAUAAGUAGAAUAAAAUAUUUAAUUAGA